UAUUUGACUCUUGUUUUUCUGUCACACCCCUUCAGAUCUGGUGUGAUGGAACCAGCCGAUUUCUCGUGGUGUUCCUCAGGAGAACCUCCACGCUCUCCUCCGUCCGUUCACGCACAGGAUGUGCAGACGCAGACCUGCGGAACCUCCACGUCACCCGGGAGAACCUCGGGCUCCGCUGGAUUGCUGACCCCAGUAAAGAAGGAGGAAUCUGAGGAUGAAGACUAUCAGUGUGAAGGAACGUCCAGCUCUGCAGGACACGCCCCCUGCCCGGACCAGAGGAACGGAGACUUCCUGAAGGUCAUCGUGAAGAACGAGGAACACGAGGCCGACGACUUCCUGUACUGUGAGGAGUGCGGCUCCUUCUUCAUCUCCGAGUGUGAGCUCCACGGUCCGGCUCUCUUCGUCCCCGACGCCCCGGUUCCUUUAGGGGUCACAGACCGGGCCAGACUGACCCUUCCGCCCGGACUUUGCGUUCAGACGUCCGACGUUCCUAACGCGGGUCUGGGGGUGUUUAAUAUCGGGCAGACGGUUCCGGUCGGGGCGCACUUCGGCCCCUACCAGGGAGAGCUGGUGGACAAAGAGGAGGCCAUGAGCAGUGGAUACUCCUGGGUGAUCUAUAAGUCCUGGCAGAGCGAGGAAUACAUCGAUGCCAAGCGAGAGAUGAGUUCCAACUGGAUGAGGUACGUGAACUGUGCUCGGAACGUGGACGAGCAGAAUCUGGUGGCGUUCCAGUAUCAGGGGGAGAUUUUCUACCGGUGCUGUCGACCCGUCCAGCUGGGACAGGAGCUCCUGCUGUGGUACGACGAGGAGUACGUCAAAGAUCUGGACGUCACCUUCGACAUUCUGUGGAACAAGAAGUGCUGCAUAGACGAGGAGAAGCGCUAUCAGUGCUCGGAGUGUGGGAAGUGCUUCACUCGCCGAAACAACCUCCAAAGGCACCAGCGCAUUCACACCGGAGAGAAGCCGUUUCAGUGCUCGGAAUGCGGGAAGAGCUUCUCUCACCAGAGCACGCUCCAGUCGCACCAGCGCCUUCACACGGGCGAGAGGCCGUACCAGUGCUCCGACUGCGACCUGAGCUUCGUCAACCGGAGCGACCUCCAGAAGCACCAGCGCAUUCACACCGGCGAGAAGCCGUACCACUGCUCGCUGUGCGGCAAGAGCUUCACUCGCCAGAGCCACCUCCGGCUGCACCUGCGCAUUCACACGGGCGAGAGGCCGUUCCGGUGCCCCGAGUGCGGGAAGGGCUUCACCCACCAGAGCACUCUCCACACGCACCAGCGCAUUCACACCGGAGAGAAGCUCUAUCAGUGCUCGGAGUGCGGCAAGAGCUUCGUCAACCGGGGAGACCUCCAAAAGCACCAGCGCGUUCACACCGGAGAGAAGCCGUACCACUGCGCGCACUGCGAGAAGACCUUCUCCACCCCCAGGAACCUCCAGCAGCACCUCCGCAUCCACACGGGCGAGAAGCCCUACCAGUGCACCGAGUGCUGGAAGAGCUUCACCAACCAGAGCAACCUCCAGCAGCACCUGCGCAUUCACACCGGCGAGAAGCCCUACCAGUGCUCGGACUGCGGCAAGAGCUUCACCAAGCAGAGCAACCUGCAGAUACACCAGCGCGUUCACACCGGCGAGAAGCCCUUCGAGUGCGCGCAGUGCGGCAAGAGCUUCACCCAGCAGAUCGCCCUCCAGCAGCACCGGCGCAUUCACACGGGAGAGAAGCCCUACCACUGCUCGCUGUGCGGGAAGAGCUUCACCAACCAGGGUCACCUGAAACGCCACCUCCGGAUCCACACCGGCGAGAAGCUGUACGAGUGCGCGCAGUGCGGCCAGAGGUUCGGCUACUCCACCACCUUCAAGACGCACAGGUGCGGCGAGCUAGCGGAGACGGCCCGCGAGACGCCCUCAGAUCAGCUAACGCUAACGUGAUCCUGAACCGGACGCAGCUAUCGACCUGACUUCGUUUUGAUUAGCUCACCUGACGUUCCAAUAGUUCCCAAGAGUCCGCCGUUAUAGCUAGGUCAGCCGUUAAUCCCCGACCUAGCGUUUCAGUAUUUUAGCCGUAGCUAACCUUUAGCAUCAGUAUUACAGGUCCGUUUUUAGCGAGCUAAGCUAACCCGCCGCUCGGUAUUGGAAUAGCUCUGUAGGAACCGACUUCGAAGCGGCUGUGUCCCAAAUGACACACCGUGGUACCAAGCGGUAUGCCUAAUUAGCGCACCUCCAAUGGUAUAGUUACACACGACGUAGCACGUGGCGCGCAGUUUGGGAUCCGACAGGUACGAAAUCUCCGGACAGGAGGGAAAAGUGAAGAACUGAAGCGAACGAUAAGCCUAAUUCUGCACUGUUCCUCUUCUCAGUGAAGCUGUGGGCGUGGCCUGAUUGAUUUCAACUCUGUUCAGGGCCGGAACGCCACCUAGAGGCAAAUCUCGUUAUAGGGACAGUGGCGGGUCUCGCGAGACCAACGGACCGCCCGCCGCGUCGCUUCUUUUAACGGGAUGAUUUGUAGUCGUUCUACUGUUCGACCGGCGUGGGACUGGUUCCGGAACUGGUUCCAGUUGCUAAUGUUGAACCGUUCGGCGCAUGUUCACCAAAAUUAAACAGGUUCCCAGCUGGACCCGAAGCACACGUGGGCGUGUCCGGUUGGAACGUUGUGUGUGUGUCGUGCAGCGCCCUCUUCUGGCGGCGCAUCCUCGGUCCCGAUAAAAACGUGUGCAACCGCGAGCACGGGCCGGUUCUCUGAACAGCACCGAGGUUCUAAGCAGCCCGACUGGAACCAGUCUGUGGAGAAGAGCUGCGUGUAGAACCGACGCUUCGAAAGUUUCUGGACGGCAGAAUUUUAAACAAUUCUUCGUGUUUUAUCGUUGGUUUGUUUUAUCCGUGUUUAUAAUCACGGCGCCUUAAAUCUCAUCACGUUAGACGGUAUUUUAUCGCUACAGCUGAUAAAUGUUUACGUUUUUUUAUCCGAUACACACUACGACGCUUCAGUAUUUAGAACAGCUGCCUGGUCCGAAACUUAGCGGUGCUGCCGGCCGGCCGGGCGUCCAGACAGACAUUACUAGCGCCACUACGUCUGAGAAGGGUGUGGCCGAAGCCCUGCGAUGGCUCGACGCCCUGUCCAGGGUGUUCCUGCCUUACACCCGGUGUUUGAACCUCCUGUGACCCUGUCUGAGAUGAACGCUGAUGGAAGCUAAACGCUGAUGGACGGUCAUUGUUUGCUUCCAGACCUCCGCCGACCCCCCCCGAUCGUCCUGCGGCGGGCGUGUCCCACCUUCGGCCGGUCUCUCUCCACGUCUGACCUUUUUCAGGUCUGGUUUUGAGAUUUGAAGGAGAAGAGGUUCUAGCAGCCAGGGGGCGGUGUCUUUGAGACGUAUCCUGUUCUUUGGAGAUCAUUAGCAGUUCGAGGGUCUCCAGGGAGACUCGUAUUCCACUCAGAAGGCUUCACCCGAAUACACAAGACCCGUCACCAUGAUGAGGUCACGGUACGUUUCCUGCUUUAUAACAGUGUUGCAUUACAACGUGAGAGUCGUUAACAAGCUAAAUUUGCGCUUGAAUUUCAUCUGUUGGCUGGAACAAUGCAGUCAGCGUUUAUUAGGGACUUUUGCGCCGUGACUCAGCUAGCAACUAGCACAGAGGAGCCUUGAAAAACCUCCGCGUGCAGUCGUGAGUCAGUGCGGGCGCCCGGCCGGCCGAUAGCACAGCUGAGAUUGGAGCUCCAGAUCUCAACACUGACCUCACGCUCAUGUAUUCUGAUGUUAUGCCAUGAACAGCAAAACAUGUGGGAGUAAAUUAGCGAACGGCAGCGGAUUCGUACUCAGAGCCCUGACGCUAGCCACGCUAAUGAGAACAAAUCACAGUAAAGUGCAGUAUUUAUUAUAGUGAAUGUUUUAUUUUAUUAGUGUUAGUGGUUUUAAUCAGUAUUUAUAAUCUUCCUGCCUUAAACCGUCACAUUAAUCAUCGAUGCUUGUUGCACAUAAUACAAAUACACCUGUUAGAGUUUUACCUGUACCCCUGUACCCCUGUACCCUCUACCGAUUUAGAUAUACUCAUUUCUAAGGGUGCAUUCACAUGAGAAGUGACAAAACCGCUUUUGUGCUGCUGUGUCGUUGUUUUCUUUGGAGUGAGGCACUUUAUGCAUUUUCUUCCUUUUUAGCGCGUCCAAUUGCCCGAUUGCGUCACGCUUCCUCUCCACCAAUGCCGAUCCCCGCUCUGAUUGAGGAGAACGAAGCUAACCCACGCCCCCUCCGACACGUGGGCAGCAGCCGUAUGCAUCUCAUCACCUACACUUUGACGAGUGCAGUGCAGCUCAGCGUUGUGUACGGAGAGACGCACCCUGACAGCACUCUCUUCUCAUCUCUGUGCAGGCGCCACCAAUCAGAGAGAGAGAGCCGGCUUAGUCCCGCCCAUAUCUGAACAACAGGCCGAUCGUUGUUCAUGUGGCCGCUCAGCCUUAGCCGGCAGACAGAGCCGAGAUUCAAUAUGAUGUAUUCCAGAUCCAGCUCUGGUUCCAGCGCGUGUUUUUACCGCUGCGCCACCUGAGCGGCCUGCUGACCUUUUCAAAGCUCCUCCAAUGAGACGAACUGUUUGAUACGAGGCGGUAAAAGCGACUCAGGCCGUACGAACAAAACUUAGCGUGACUUAUUGUAGUAAAACAGCGAGUGAGGAAUGUGAUUAGUGGAGGAACUUAUGAGCAGUAAUAAUGAAGAGAAGUUUAGUGCUCCUGUCUCCUUCUUUUACUACAUUAAACCACGUUAAGCUUUAUUUUCAACCAGAAGCGUUUUAGACUCUGGGAGAAGCUGAUUCUGAUUCUCAGCGUUUCUCAGAAGCUGGAGCUGCAACACAAGUUUAAAAGUGAAACAGGGAGGAGAAUCCAGAUAAACACAGAUACAUGUGGAGCUGUAACCUUGGAUCUGACGCUUAUUCCACACUGAUGCAGAUUCAGAUCAGAUUCACACGCUGAUGAGGGUUUACUGAUCAAACCGAGCGCUGAACAAAGGCUCGUGGUUUUGCCGCUUCUUAUGUGAAGGCGCCCUAAGCGUGCACAACGCUGACUGUAACACGUCGUCCGUUCUCUGAACUUGUAGCACGAGCUACAUUAUUAUUUUCAACACACUACAGUGGUCAUGUGACCUAGGACUCCACUCGCCUACAGGAUGCUUGAGCGACAUCUCAGACCUCCAUGGCAGAUCAUCAGACUUUAAUUUGGGUGCUGCGAGGACUGAAGAGCUGUAAAACGUGAUGGUGCUGUAACACCGUCUCAGACUUUCGGAACAGCGGUACGGCUGUGUGGAUGUAAAUACCGCCAUCGUAUGGUAGCAUGAAUGUGUGGAGGUGACUGAAGUGAGUGGAGAUCAUAUUUAAAUACACUAAAGUGCACAUUCUGUGGGGGUCUGGGGUGUGUGUGUGUGUGUGUUAUUUACAUUCUGUGGUCUGAUGUUAUUGUAAUGAUUUAUAAUACACGGUGUUCUCAUG